GUUGUCCGGGCAACGCGCUGCGGCUCGGCGGAGAGGCCCUGAGUUUAAGGAAAGGAAGUGCGCUUGUUUGCGAACUGAUGCCACUGAUCGGUGUCGUUAGGUUUGAGCCCUGACUUGGUCUGAGUGUCAUCAUGGCCCUGUAUUUUGACCACCGAGUGGAAGCCCCGGACUCCGUUGGGUCUCCUUCCCACAUCCACUGGCACCCUGUGCAUCCGUUCCUGGCCGUUGCCUCCGUCAGCCCGACCUCAGGAGGCAGCGUGGAUGUAUACCUGGAACAAGGUGAGCAUGCGCCCGAUACGCAUAUCGAGAGGUCGUUCCGGGUCACUUCCUUGUGCUGGCAUCCGACGCGAAUGAUCCUGGCUGUUGGCUGGGAGACCGGAGAAGUGACAGUGUUUAAUAAGCAGGACAAGGAGCAGCAUGCGGUCCCCCUGACCCACACCAGCGACAUCACCGUCCUCAAGUGGAGCCCCAACGGGAACUGCCUCGUGUCGGGGGACAGGCUUGGCGUCCUGCUCUUGUGGAGGUUGGACCAAAGGGGUCGGGUACAAGGGCCUCCUCUGCUGAAGCACGACUACGGAAAACACCUAACCCACUGCAUCUUCCGGCUUCCCCCUCCUGGCGAGGACCUCGUUCAGCUGGCGAAGGCGGCUGUGAGUGGCGAUGAGCGAGCCCUGGACAUGUUUAACUGGAGGAAAAGCGGCUUUGGGAGUCUCCUGAAAAUGGGCUCUCAAGAGGGACUGUCGUUCUUUGUCAGCCUGAUGGAUGGGACGGUGCACUAUGUGGACGAGAAAGGCAAGACCACCGAGGCAGCGUCCACGGACAGCUCGGUGCAGGCGCUCUUCUACCUGGAGAGGAGGGAGGCCCUGGUGGUGGUCACGCGGAGCCUGCUGCUGUCCCUGUUCGUGGUGAGGCCCGAGGGCGAAGCGGAGGAAGUGAUGAAGGUCAAGUUGAGUGGGAAGACGGGUCACCGGGCAGACAUCGCGUUGAUCGAGGACAGUGUGCUCGUGACCGCCGUAGGGGAGCCCAUCCUCAGAUUCUGGGAUUUGGAAGGAGGAGAGAAUUACGUGCUGAGUCCAGAAGAGAAGUUUGGUUUCGAGAAAGGAGAGAAUAUAAACUGUGUUUCUUACUGUAAAGUCAAAGGUCUCCUGGCAGCGGGCACCGAUAAGGGGCGAGUUGCCAUGUGGAGAAAACUGCCGGGCCCGCAGAGCGGCCGAGCGGCCGAGGGCAAGGACGGGUGGGCCGUUCAGACCCCCGCUGAGCUCGAAGGCAACAUCACACAUAUCAAGUGGGGCUCGCGGAAGAGCCUGCUGGCGGUCAACAGCAUCAGCUCCGUGGUGAUCCUCAGCGAGCAGGCCAUGUGCUCACACUUCCACCAGCAAGUGGCCGUGGUGCAGACCUCCCCAAGCCUGCUCAGCGUGUCCUUCCUGUCCACGGGCGUGACGCACAGCCUGCGCACAGACAUGCACAUCCGCGGGGUGUUCGCCACCAAGGAUGCUGUUGCUGUCUGGAACGGAAAACAGGUGGCGAUCUUCGAGCCUUCUGGAGCCACGUUACGGAAUGCAGGAACCUUCCUGUGUGAAUCUCCAGUGUUAGCCAUGCACGAGGAAAACGUUUACACCGUGGAGCCAAACCGAGUUCAAGUUCGAACCUGGCAGGGGACCGUGAAACAGCUCCUACUGUUCCCAGAGGCAGAGGGGAGCCCAUGCUUCCUUGACGUCUGUGGAGAUUUCCUGGUUGUGGGGACAGACUUGGCUCACUUUAAAAGCUUUGAUCUUUCCCGAAGAGAGGCCAAAGAGCACUGUGGUGACCGGAAGCUGGCCGAUCUGAUCCCGGGCGCAGCGGGCAUGGCCUCGCUCAGGUGUAACGCCAGCGGCGGCAAGAUCAGCAUCCUCCUCAGCAAGGCUGACGGCAGCCCCGAUUCCAAAAUCUGCUUCUAUGACGUGGAAAUGGACACUGUGACUCUCCUGGACCUCAAGACGGGGCAGAUUGAUCGGAGGGAGACGCUGUCCUUCAGCGGGCAAGAGACCAAGAAGAGCCCCGCCUUUGCGGACGAAAGACUGAGGGAUCUCGUUCCUGUGAGCCACUUCUGGGACCAGAGCGAGCCCAGGCUGUUCGUGUGCGAGGCCGUGCGGGAGGCGCCGGGGGCCCCGCUGCAGCCCGGGGACAGGAAGCCCCCCGCCGAGGACGGCCCGGACCCCACGGCUGACGUGCUGGUCCUGUCCUUCUUCGUCACCGAAGAGCAUGGCUUCUUGCUCCAGGACAGCUUCUCCCGGCCUCCCGCCUACCAGACCCUUCUGGGAAUUCAAGUGCCUCACUAUUACUUCACGAGGAAGCCAGGAGAAGCAGACGGGGAAGACCAGGGGGACCCGGGGCGCCACCGCGUCCCCCACCUGGUGGGCAGGAGACCCCUGCGAGACUUCGUCGGACUGGAGGGCUGCGAUAAGCCCACUCAGGAUGCCAUGCUCGACUUCAGCUUCUUUGUCACCAUCGGAGACAUGGAUGAAGCUUUGAAAUGUAUCAAGCUCAUCAAAAGCGAGGCAGUCUGGGAGAACAUGGCCCGCGUGUGCGUGAAGACCCAGCGGCUGGACGUCGCCAAGGUGUGCCUGGGGAACAUGGGCCACGCGCGCGGAGCCCGAGCGCUGCGCGAGGCCGAGCAGGAGCCAGAGCUGGAGGCCAGGGUGGCCGUGCUGGCCAUACAGCUGGGCAUGCUGGAGGACGCCGAGCAGCUGUACCGGAAGUGCGGCCGCUACGACCUCCUCAACAAGCUGUACCAGGCGUCCGACCAGUGGCAGAAGGCCGUGGAGGCAGCGGAACUGCGGGACCGCAUCCACCUGCGCACCACCUACUACAACUACGCCAGGCACCUGGAGGCCAGCGCCGACCGCAGCCUGGCCCUCAGCCACUACGAGAAGUCGGACACCCACCGCUUCGAGGUGCCCAGGAUGCUCUCGGAGGACCCACAGUCCCUGGAGCUCUACGUCAAUAAGAUGAAGGACAAGACCCUGUGGAGGUGGUGGGCCCAGUACCUGGAGAGCCAGGCAGAGAUGGACGCCGCACUGCACUACUACGAGCUGGCACAGGACUACUUCUCCCUGGUCCGCAUCCACUGCUUCCAGGGCAACAUCCAGAAGGCUGCUGAGAUCGCAAAUGAGAGCGGAAACUGGGCCGCGUCCUAUCAUCUGGCCCGCCAGUACGAGAGUCAGGAGGAGGUGAGGCAGGCAGUGCACUUCUACGCACGCGCACAGGCCUUCAACAACGCCAUCCGCCUGUGCAAGGAGAACGGCCUGGACGACCAGCUCAUGAACCUGGCCCUGCUGAGCUCCCCCGAGGACAUGACGGAGGCGGCGCUCUACUACGAGGACAAGGGCGAGCACGCGGACAGGGCGGUGAUGCUGUACCACAAGGCCGGCCACUUCUCCAAGGCUCUGGAGCUGGCCUUCGCCACCCAGCAGUUUGUGGCCCUGCAGCUCAUAGCAGAGGACCUGGACGAGAGGUCGGACCCUGCCCUCCUGGCCCGCUGCUCGGACUUCUUCCUUGAGCACAAUCAGUACGAGAAGGCGGUGGAGCUGCUCCUGGCCGCAAAGAAGCACCACGAAGCCCUGCAGCUCUGCCUGGAGCAGAACAUGACCAUCACCGAGGAGAUGGCUGAGAAGAUGACCGUGCCCAAGGACUCCAAGGACCUGUCUGAAGAGUCUCGGCGCCAGCUGCUGGAGCAGAUCGCCAACUGCUGCAUGCGCCAGGGCAGCUACCACCUGGCCACCAAGAAGUACACGCAGGCGGGGAACAAGCUCAAGGCCAUGAGAGCGUUGCUGAAGUCGGGGGACACGGAGAAGAUCGUGUUCUUUGCGGGCGUCUCGAGGCAAAAGGAGAUCUACAUCAUGGCUGCCAACUACCUGCAGUCCCUGGACUGGCGGAAGGAGCCGGAGAUCAUGAAGACCAUCAUCAGCUUCUACACCAAGGGGCGGGCCCUGGACCUCCUGGCCAGCUUCUACGAGGCCUGCGCCCAGGUGGAGAUCGAUGAAUACCAAAACUACGACAAAGCCCACGGGGCGCUGACCGAGGCCUACAAGUGCCUGGCCAAGGCCAAGGCCAAGAGCCCCCUGGACCAGGAGACCAAGCUGGCUCAGCUGCAGAGCAAGAUGGCACUGGUGAAGCGGCUCAUCCAGGCCCGAAGGACAUAUGCCGAGGACCCUAAGGAGGCGGUCAAGCAGUGUGAGCUGCUCCUGGAAGAGCCCGAGCUGGACAGCAGCGUCCGCGUCGGGGACGUCUACAGCUUCCUGGUGCAGCACUACCUGCGGACGGAGGAGUUCCAGGCGCCUUUUUUAUUUGGAAUAAUUUCAAACUGAGAAUUACAAGAAUAAGAGAACCCACACAUAACCCUUCAUCAGAUUUGGCAGGUUUAAACAUUUUGCUACGUUUACUUACUCAUUUUACGUGUGUGUUUUCAAAUUUCUAUUUUCUACCUAACACGGGUAUUUUUCUGAGCGCUCUGAGAAUCGCAGGCGCCCUGCCCUUCCCGCUUGGUUCGCAGACACUCGGGUAGAUGCCCAGGGCUGGGAUGGUGGGGUUGUGUGCUAAGUGUGUGUUUAACGUUUUAAGAAACUGCCAGACUUCUUCCUUUUUGUAGUGUCUUUUUCGAAACUGCCAGACUUCUUCCUUUUUGUAGUGUCUUUUUCACGGUUGGUUUCAAGGUUAUUCUAGCCUUAUAAAAUGCACUGGGGAGCAUGCCCACCUCCUGUAUUUUCCAGAAGAGUUUAUGUAAGAUUGCUGUGAUUUUUUCCUUCCUUGUUAGAAUGCCUACCUGAACCCACCUGGCCUGGAGCUUUCUUUGCGGAAGGGUUUCAGUGAUUCAUUUUAGCAGAGCACUUCUCAGACAUUUUGGUGUCUGGACCCCUUUGCACUAGGAAAGUUAUUGAGGACCCAAAGACCAUUGGUCUGUGUGGGGCGCACCUACCAGGAUUUACUAUUACCCAAUAAAACUAAUGUAAAAA